CGAGAAUGCCACCUUUAAGAUCAUGUGUCGGCCCGCACUAUUUGUACCCUUCGAGCCUUGGGCCACGCCACUACUAUCCGUUGUGGCCAUUUACCAGAACACCUUGAGUCCAGUCCUUGACGUGUCGCUUUGGAGCCUUAUUAGACUGGGCUGUCAUCAUCAAGACUCUUUCAUCCAAAAUAAACACGGCAUUAUCCGGACAAUCCUGCUGUUAGGAUGGCGGUUGCUGUUGCGUCGCCCGGCGUAGCCUCCUUCAGGGAGCCGGCAGGACCUACUCCUCCCAGGAGGCUGACCAAGGAGGAGUUGGUCAAAACACACAGUACGCAUCUCAAGAAGCAGGACAGCUCGCCCAAUACACCACGGCCUGUCAAGCAGCCUAUCAUGUCCGAGGCCUAUCCGGCGUCGACAAAGUCCAUAAGAGAACUGGAUAUCAUCCCAUUAACCGAGCUCCGUCCGGAGACGCAUCAUUGGGGGAAGGCCAUCAUUGUCAAGGCGGCCAGCCAACCUUUUCUGGGAGCCGGCGCAGUGAGCAUUGUGGAAGAUGAGUUCGGCAAUGCCGACAAGCUGGCCAUCUACAACCAAGCAGACUCGUCCAUUCUGUCAGGUGUCCCUGAGGGCUGCGUGGUUGCUGUCAAGGAACCUUACUACAAGAACAACGGCGCGGACGAGGAUUUCAUGAUCUGCGUCGACCACCCGUCAGAUGUCAUUCUGCUGCGGUUCACAGACCCCAUUAUACCGGAGCCACUCCGCCUAGGGCCCCUUCUCCAGACAGCAGAGGACUGGAAGAACGCAGCUGACCGGGCCUUCCUUGAGAAGGACUUCCCAACAGCAGUGUUCUGCUACACCGAAGCCCUCGAGACCUCAGACGACGCGAGUUUCAAAGGCCCCAUCUACACCAAGCGAGCAGGCACUAACCUAAUCCUUGGACGCUACGACGCGGCGAAAGCCGACGCUAUGGCCUCCAUCACCGGCGGCCCGCAAGACUGGAAAGCCUACUACAACGCCGGCCGAGCAGCCUACGGCCUGUGCGACUACGCCGAGAGCAACCGUCUGCUGACCAAGGCGCUGGAGCUCAACCCGACCAACGCCAGCAUCCAGAAGGAGCACGCCCGCUGCCAUGACCGCCUCCGCGAAGAAGAGAAGGGCGACUACGACUUCCCGACCAUGCUGGCCUCGCUCGGCCCGCACUCGGUCCAUCUCGACCGCGGCUCCUUCCUGCGCAAUACGCGCAUCGCCGAGUCGCCGCACCACGGCCGCGGGCUGUUUGCCACGCGCGACAUCAAGGCCGGCGAGGUCGUGUUUGUCGAGAAGGCCACGCUGCUCCCCAACCAAUACGACCCUUCGCGCGCCUCAGCGGCGCUGUAUGCGCUCAUGGUGCGCCAGCUGUGCGAUAACCCGUCGCUGGCUCGGCCGGUGCUGAACUUGUACGGCGGGACGUACGAGCGGAGCGGCAAGGAGGGGACGAUUGUUGACGGCAUCCCGGUCGUGGAUGUGUUUCUGGUCGAGGCGAUCCGCAACAAGAACUGCUUCAGCGCGCCGAGGUCGACGCUCGAGGACACGAGGCCCAGCUCGCCAGAGGGGCGCCAGGCCACUGGGCUGUGGGUGCACGCCAGCUACCUGAACCACAGCUGCGUGGCGAACACCAUGCGGUCGUUCAUCGGCGAUAUGUUUAUCAGCAGAGCGACGAGGGACAUUAAGGAAGGGGAGGAGAUCUUCCAGCAGUAUGUACCUGUCAAGUCGCUUCCGGAUGUGCGAAAGAAGCAGUUCAGGGAUUGGUGGGGUUUUGAGUGUGGGUGUGCGUUGUGCACUCGGGAGCGGCGCAGCCCCGAGGCCAUGUUAGCAAAGAGGCGGGAUUUGCUGGCAGCAGUCGAGAAGCUGUGCAACAAGCAAAUGCCGGGCAGGGAGCUGAUCCCGGAUGCGAAGAUCCGCCAGGUCGAUCGGCUGGCAAAGCAGCUGGAGGAAGCCCACGAGCAGGAUGUGUACGAUGGCCUGCCGCGACUGACGCUGAUCUACCCGUGCAACUGGCUUGUCGGGGCACACCGUGGGAGGAAGAACCAUGGUAAGGUGGUCAAGUAUGCUCUAAAGGUGAUACGGAACUUUGGAUUCAAGGUGCCGGACGAGAGCGAGCUCUGGGAUCCGAGGGAGAUGUACACGAAUUCCGGCAACGGGACAUUGAUGACUGUGCACGUUGUCGCAGCUCUACGCAGGUUGGCAGAGGCAUACGAGGCGCUGGGGCACAAGGAAAUGGCAGAACGGUGCAUCGAGGCAGCCGAGUUCGGCUACCUCUUGGUUACGGGCUUCAAGAACGACCUGACAACACUCGACAAGUAGGUAAUGACAGGCAUGGAAGGGCACAAGACGUGCCGGAUGACAGUGACGACUUGUAAGACGAUAUUCUUGGUACAUCUGCAUGUAGGGUUGACGGCCGGGGUCAUACAUUCAUUCUGCCUUGUUUGCUCAAAGUAACUAACUAGAUCUUGGCUGCAGCUAGAACUACGGCGGUGCCCUGCUCAAACUCUGACAAAACCCAUAAUCUUAUUUGGCUCAUCGAAAGGAGAGUCCCAGAGGUACUGACGCCUAUAUGCGAGUGUGGAGAGGGGCGAGAGACUGUCGAAC